AUGCCUGUCUUUUUCUCCCCCAAUUCAGAUCAGGAUAAGUUUUUACAAAUAGCCAACUUGAAUUCCGCACACCAGACACAGGCCAACCCUCUCACUUGGAUUCAGAAACUGUCAUGUUCAGAAAACGAGCUGUGUGUACCCAGGUUGCAGGAUGCCAUGGAAGGCCGGCUGAGCACGUCUGUGGAGAACAUGCAAGGAAGCAAGGAGAUCGGGACAGAGGGGAUUAAAAGCAGCUUUUACACUGGCCAAGAGCAACUGAACAGCAUCAGUUCGAUCCAGAAGCCAACUCAGCCUCUCUCUGGGACAACGUUCCAGAGCAUGUGCACAGGGUCACAGAACAGCAGGAGGAAGAGCUGUACAGGAGAAUCCAACCAAGACAUUGUGUGUGUAACACUGAAGCGUGAUCCACAUCGUGGCUUUGGUUUUGUCAUUAACGAGGGAGAAGAUACAGACCAAGCAAAGCCUGGCAUUUUCAUAUCUUCCCUUAUACCUGGGGGACCAGCAGAAAAGGCUAAAGUGAUCAAACCAGGAGGGAAGAUAUUAGCCUUGAAUCACAUCAGUCUUGAGGGCUUCACGUUCAAUAUGGCUGUUAGAAUGAUCAAGAAUUCUCCUGACAACAUAGAAUUAAUCAUCUCACAGUCAAAAGGUGUUUGUGGAAAUAUCUCCAGUGAAGAAAAGAAUAGUACAGCAAGUUCUGGCACGUUCGGUACAGAUAUCCUGAGCAAUGGGUACCAGGGAAGAGAGUCAGCACACACAUGUGACCAGGACAGAAAUACCAGAGGACCAGAAAUGGCUCAGGUGCAGAGUUCAUCACCCAAAAGCAGGGGCCUCUAUCCUCCUCUCUAUUGUUAA